AUGAAUGGAGGAGAAAUACCCAUUAAUUUGAAAUUAAGAUUAUUAGAAGCUGGGAACGUGUUUGUGAGAGGCAAAUUUACUGAUUCCUUUCCACAAGAGCCUCUGUUCUGGCUCAAAGAGCACGGUGGGCUGCCUGGAGGCGCCCGGGCAGCGGGCGAUGCCGUUUCCCGGCCGGCACGGCGGCAGUUGGAGCCUCGGGGCGGUUCCGCCCGGGCUGGGCCCUUCCAGGUUCUAUCCCCGCUCGGGCGGGGGCGGCCGGUGCCGGCGGCCGCGAUGGGGCCGCUGCCGGGGCUCCUGCUGCUGCUGCUGCUACUGGGCGUGGCGGGGUGCCCCGGGGUCCGGGGGGCUCGGCCCGCGGAGCCGCGCGCCGCGUGGGUGACGGUGCCGCGACAGCUGAGCCCCCGCGGCGGCGACGACGCCCCGGCCCUCUCCUACUGGCUGAACGUGGGCGGGCGGCCGCGGGUGCUGCGCCUGCAGCCCAGGAGGGGCCUGGUCUCCCGCCCCUUCACCCUGGUCACCUACGGCCGCGACGGGGCCCGCCGGGAGGAGCACCCCUUCGUGCGGGACAACUGCUUCUACCAGGGCGACGUGGUGGGGAGCCCCGGCUCCCUUGUGGCCCUCAGCACCUGCAGCAGGGGCCUCCACGGCGUGCUCUGGGUGGAGGACGAUACCUACCAGAUCGAGCCCGUCCCCAAUGAUCCGGCCUUUCGGCACAUUCUCUACCGUAUGGAGGGAGACAACAGCUCCGAGGGAGCCAGCUGCGGACUGACGCCGGAGGUGCUGCAGCAACAAAAGGCUGUGCUGCCGUGGUUUAAGGCUCCCAAGUCAGCGGGGGAGAACGAAAAGCUGAGGGACUGGUGGACGCACAUCAGGUAUGUGAAGAUGGUAGUGGUCGUGGACCACGUGCGGUUUGUACAGUCAGGCAGGAGCAAAUCCAAAGUCUUGAAGGACGUCAUGCAAGUCAUCAAUGCUGGGGACAUUUUGUGCAAACAGCUUUCUGUCCGGCUGUUUCUUAUAGGACUGGAGAUCUGGACUGAAAAGAACAUUAUAAAUAUCACUAACUCUAUUCCGCAGGUACUUAAUGCGUUUAACAGCUGGAGAAAGUCAGACCUGUUACCUCGGAUGUACCACGAUGUUGCUCACUUAUUUGCAUAUCAGUGGUUUGGAAGCAGACUGGGAUUGGCAUAUAUAGGGACAGUGUGUAAUAUGCACUGGGCAUCGGCUGUUAUUUCCUUCACUGAGAAAAAGAUGUUUUCAAUUAUUAUCACAUUUGUCCAUGAGCUGGGCCAUAAUCUUGGGAUGGUCCAUGAUAAACCAGAAUGUAAUUGCAGACGCAAGACGUGCAUUAUGUAUGAGUACAAUGCUGAGACUGAUUCGUUCAGUGACUGCAGUUACAAAGAGUACUUUGAGCUGGUUGUAAAUGGUGCUUCAUGCCUUCGUCAGCCACCAGCGCUUGGCAGUUUCUACACCGGGAUAAGUGAAUACUGUGGGAAUAAAAUAGUAGAAAGAGGAGAGCAAUGUGACUGUGGUUCAGCAGCAAGCUGCCGAAGGGAUCCUUGUUGCCGCACAAACUGUACAUUUACUGCAGGUUCAAACUGUGCGUCUGGAAGAUGCUGCAAGAACUGUAAGGUCCUUCCAGCAGGAACACUCUGCAGAGCAAGUACAGGCAGCUGUGACCUGCCAGAGUAUUGCAAUGGGAUUUCCCCUCAGUGCCCACUGGAUGUAUACCUACAAGAUGGAACUCCUUGCAAUGAUGGUGUUUAUUGCUAUCGAGGAAAAUGUUCUUCCCACAAUGAAAAGUGCCAGCGUCUCUUUGGCAAACAAGCCAAGGCUGCCCCUUUAGAUUGCUUUAAAGCAGUGAAUACUCAAGGUGACCGGUUUGGGAAUUGUGGUAUUCGUGACAAUAUCUAUUUUGCAAAAUGCAGUACUAAGAAUGUCUUAUGUGGUAGGAUUCAGUGUGAAAACAUAGUCAUAAUACCUUUCUUGCAGAACCAUGUAACACUAGUCCAAACUCCUGUUCGAGAUAAAAAUUGUUGGGGACUCGACUAUCACAUAGGGGUGGCAAGAGCAGAUGAGGGAGCUGUGGAAGAUGGCACACUGUGUGGUAGUGAUAUGCUUUGUAUCAACAGGACGUGUAUGAGUGUAUCAGUGCUGAACUACGACUGCAACAUGACAAAGUGUCAUGACAGAGGAGUGUGUAACAAUCGCAAGAACUGUCACUGUGAGUAUGGCUGGGCUCCUCCAUAUUGUGAAUCCGAAGGAUUUGGAGGUAGUGUUGACAGUGGACCCCCUCCACCUAGGAGGGCUGAGAGAGCAAAAGUAAGACUAGGACUAUUGGUGUUUUAUUCUGUGUGUUUCACUGGAAUAGCCCUUUCCAUCUGUUAUAGGCAGAAAGUAGAGGGAUGGCUUGCAAAGAUAAAAGCCCCAUUCCAUAGAAUAUUGCAGUUGUUUCAAAGACCAAAAAAAAAAGAAGUUCCUAAAGAAAAGUCGCCUGCUGGUAAGUUAAAAUCCCCCAAAGAUAAAAAAGCAGUAUCUUGGGAUACUAUUGAGGAAAUAUCCUCAGAGCCAUCUGAUAACUCAUCAAAAUAA